UUGGUCGACAUCGUUACAGCAGCUGCUGCCAUAGCGCUGUUAGGUGGUGGGUGGCCCAUUGUCCGUCGUUGUCGUCGUCAUCACUGCGUUUACGUAUCCAGUAUCCACUAUCCGCCGCGCCAUCAAACAGCGCGCACCCACAAACGCGUGUAAUGGCGUCCGACGACAACGGUGAUUUCGACACGGAUCUAUCAGCGGCACCUGCGAAACGUAUGCGGUAUUCGUUCGCCGAUGAGAUUGCCCAAAGUUCGCAUUUUGAAGCUUUUGGACAGCGAUUCACCGGGUUUCCGUCCGGCGAAUGUUACGCCAACAAUUUGUACCAGCAAUCAUACAAAUCUUUGGAUACUCUAUCGCCAAAUUAUUUACAACCAAAUUCACCAACCCCUCCAUUAACAAUGUCAUCAAGUUUACCAGAAUCUCCAGAAGAUUCGAGUAUAUUUGACGAAAGUUCUGAUACUAAGGAAGAACCUGAGGACGAUGAUUCAUCUUCCACGUCUAGUUCAGAUUCCAGCACACAUUCUGAGAAUGCAGAUUCUGAAAAAGGAGUACCUGGUUCAAUGAAUUGGGUUCAGCGACAAAUUAUGGGUGGUAUUAAUCCAAGACGUUUGUUACAUCAAGUGUUUGGUGCUUCUGUUCCAUCUCAGUUAGAAGAUAUAACAUUAUGGAGAAUAAUCAUGAGUAUGACAGAUGAUUCUCCAAUACGAAAUCGUCUACGUAGUGUUAGUUCACUAGAUGAUGUAGUUAGAUUAUUGAAAACAAGCAAUCGCAUUAUGGUUCUUACUGGUGCAGGUGUCUCUGUUUCUUGUGGAAUACCGGAUUUUCGAAGUCACAAUGGAGUUUAUGCUAGACUAGCAACAGAAUUUCCGGACUUACCUGAUCCCCAAUCUAUGUUUUGUAUAGAUUAUUUCAGUAAAGACCCUAGGCCAUUCUUUAAAUUUGCUAGAGAAAUCUAUCCAGGACAAUUUAAGCCAUCACCAUCCCACCAAUUUAUUAAACUCUUAGAAAAAAAAGGACGACUCUUACGUAAUUACACUCAGAAUAUAGAUACAUUAGAACAAGUUGUUGGUAUCAAUAAUGUUAUUGAAUGUCAUGGAUCUUUUGCUACUGCAUCAUGUACUCAGUGCGGACACAAAGUAUCAGCAGAAACUAUAAGACCUGAUGUAUUUGAACAAAGAAUUCCACGUUGUCCAAUAUGUGUCAAUAGUACAGGUAUUAUGAAACCAGACAUUGUAUUUUUUGGAGAAGGUCUUCCAGACAGUUUCCAUAAAGCAAUUGAAGAUGACAAAAAUAAUUGUGAUUUAUUGAUCGUAAUCGGAUCAUCUUUGAAAGUACGACCAGUGGCUCGUAUACCUAAUAUGUUGGACAAACAUGUUCCGCAAAUAUUAAUAAAUCGUGAAAGACUUCCGCAUAUGAAUUUUGAUGUUGAACUUCUUGGUGACAGUGAUGUUAUCGUGGAUCACCUCUGUCGCAUGCUAGGUUCAGAUUGGACUGAGCUAUGCUGGUGUAAAGAGGAGUUGACCGAAACUAAAAAUUUAAAUACACCUACGUCAUCGCCAAGGUCUAAYGCAGCCAUAAGUGAAACUGUGGAAGGUGAAAUGUCUACUGAAUCUACAAGAGACAGUGCUAACAGUAUGUCACCACCACUUAGUGAUGAUAGAUUUACACCAGGUACUUCAGGCGAACAACGAAAUUUAUCCACAGACUCUACAAGAGAUAGUGGUAUUGACCCGGAUGAUCCACAAAAAUCUAGUUUAGCUGCGUAUUUACCACCUAAUAAAUAUUACAUGUUGAAAAAAAGAAGGUAUAUGUUUUCUGGCGCAGAAGUAGAUUUAAAUGACAUGAAUGAUGACAGUGAAACCGAAUCGGACUCAAGUGAAAAAUCUGAAACUCCGUUGCAAUAAAAUUAAUUACAUUACAAUUUAUAUAUUUAGCUCAAUUGUUAUUUUACUAU